ACGACGUUCAGCCAGCGCCAUCUACCUCUUCAAAAUCAGGAUGUCGAACAUACUCGACCCUUCUGUUAUCCUGUCAUCCUUACCAAAGUACCUGCCGCAGUCAAAAACACUCACUCGUCCACACGACGGAGUUGCGGCACUGUCUCAUUCUAUACUCUCUGCACUAGGCUUCCGUCUGGUUGGCGUUGAUGACUCCUCUUCUAGUACUUUCGCGGAGAAUGUAUUACCAGAUGAAUGGAAUGCUCAUGGACCAGGAAGUUACACGUUACGCUAUCGCCACGAUCAAAGUAGCCUUGAAUUUAUCGUGAAAAUAACGAAACUCGGUACAAGGACGCUGAUUAAUGCCAUUGCAUCUGAGACAGACAAAACUGCUUCGCUGGAUAUCCCGACAGAUGAUUUCGUCUCUCCCUCAUUCUUUCCUUACGAUGCUGGAACGCAAGACGCUGCGCCUCUAGUACACGGCUUUAUUUCGUCAAAUCGAGUCGCCGACUUUGUCGCUCGGUUCAAACUUGCAAUUGUCCAAAAGCUUAUCCCUGGAUUGCGAAAGGAAGGGUACACGGAAGACGAUGACGCGUCCACGAACUCGACGUCAAAUACACGUGAACAGCCCUCAUCAGAACCGGCGGCACGACCAGGUCCCUCACGCCCAUUCGCACCUUUGAAUGAACCUUACCGUCCGUCCGGUCUUGAGUCGCACAUCCCACCACAAAACCCACUUCAGAUUGGUAGGAGUGACCUCGAUCCCCUUCCUUUGCAAAUUCAGCCCAAUCCAUUUGCUCCGCCGCCACUGUUCCCUCCCAAUCGGGGUGAUGGCAUGUAUGUUGGUCCCGACCACCCGAUUUUUGAUGGACCUCGCAGAGGAAUGGGCAGUCCCCCAAAUCGUGGGCCAUGGGGAGGUGAUGGCUUUUUGCCCCCGAUGAGCGUUCCACAGGGCGCUAGGUUCGAUCCCAUUCUACCUGGACCAAUGGGGCCAGGCGGUAAUCCGCUUGGCAGGCGCGGAGGAGGAUCUGGUCGACGUGGUGGUCCGGGAAGUGGACAACGCAGCGGUGAACCCGACAAUGACGAGUUCAUGCCACCCGGUAUGAGUGAUAUGUUUUCUUAGUAGCCGUUAUGAAAAUCACUCCUAUGCGUAUAUGCAGUUUGUACUUGUAUCAUUUGUCAUUUGAAUGAACGUGGCUUGAAUAGUCUGAUUCUUUGAGUAUCCAUGUGUAUAUUGUAGUAUUCGCAUGUAGUGGUCGUCAUUAUGACUCUGAA